CCGGGGGAUGGAGCGGCGCUAAGGCGGCUCCGGCCGGGGCAGGGGCCGGCCAGCGCGGAGAGCAGGAGCGAGGCGAGCCCAUGGCUGCUGGCCGCUGCUGAGCCGAGCCGCCGCCUCUCGGAGCAGCCCGCCCGCCCGCCCGGGGGUCCCGGGGGCACGGGCCGGCGGGGGCCCCGGGCCGGGGGACAAUGAAGCUCCUGAAGCCGACCUGGGUCAAUCACAAUGGAAAGCCAAUAUUUUCAGUUGAUAUUCACCCAGAUGGGACCAAGUUUGCAACUGGAGGACAAGGACAGGAUUCUGGGAAGGUGGUGAUUUGGAGUAUGGCUCCUGUCCUCAAAGAGGAAGAUGAAAAGAAUGAAAAUAUUCCCAAGAUGCUUUGUCAGAUGGACAAUCACUUAGCCUGUGUGAACUGUGUGCGGUGGUCAAACAAUGGGGUUUAUUUGGCUUCAGGGGGCGAUGACAAACUGAUCAUGGUGUGGAAACGAGCUGCGUACAUUGGACCUAGCACUGUGUUUGGUUCCAGUAGUAAACUUGCUAAUGUAGAACAGUGGAGAUGUGUUUCAAUUCUCAGAAGCCAUUCAGGGGAUGUUAUGGAUGUGGCAUGGUCUCCUCAUGAUGCCUGGCUGGCCUCCUGCAGUGUGGAUAACACCGUUGUCAUCUGGAAUGCUGUCAAAUUCCCAGAAAUUCUUGCCACUCUGAAGGGACACUCUGGCUUGGUGAAGGGAUUGACCUGGGAUCCUGUUGGGAAAUAUAUAGCCUCUCAGGCUGAUGACCGAAGCUUGAAGGUGUGGCGGACCAUGGACUGGCAGUUAGAAACCAGCAUCACAAAACCAUUUGAUGAGUGUGGAGGGACAACACAUGUUCUGCGUCUCAGCUGGUCACCUGACGGACACUAUCUGGUUUCUGCUCAUGCCAUGAAUAAUUCUGGACCUACAGCUCAGAUCAUUGAGAGAGAUGGAUGGAAAACCAACAUGGAUUUUGUAGGGCACCGCAAGGCAGUGACAGUGGUGAAAUUCAAUCCAAAAAUCUUCAAAAAGAAACAAAAGAAUGGGAGCUCCACCAAGCCAAGUUGUCCCUACUGCUGCUGUGCUGUCGGCAGUAAGGAUCGGUCCCUCUCCGUUUGGCUCACAUGUCUGAAACGACCUUUAGUUGUCAUACAUGAGCUGUUUGACAAGUCUAUCAUGGACAUCUCAUGGACCUUAAAUGGACUUGGGAUCUUGGUGUGUUCCAUGGACGGAUCAGUGGCUUUUUUGGACUUUUCCCAGGAUGAACUUGGAGAUCCACUUAGUGAGGAGGAGAAGAGCAACAUUCAUCAGUCUACCUAUGGUAAAAGCUUAGCGAUAAUGACUGAGGCUCAGUUGUCCACUACCAUUAUUGAGAAUCCAGAGAUGCUGAAGUAUCAACAGAGACAGCAACAGCAGCAGAUGGAGCAGAAGAAUGCAGCAAUACGGGAAGCAGCAGGGACUGCCACAGCAGCUCCCAAAGUGGCGAGCAUGGUUAAUGGUGAGAGUUUGGAGGACAUUAGAAAGAAUCUUUUAAAGAAACAAGUUGAAACACGGACUGCAGAUGGCCGGAGGCGGAUCACACCUCUCUGCAUAGCUCAGCUGGACACUGGGGAUUUUUCAACCGCAUUCUUCAAUAGUAUCCCGAUAUCUGGAUCUCUGGCUGGCUCAAUGAUGUCUUCUCAAAGUAAUCAGCAACUGAUGUCAUUAGAUUCCAAUGCAACCAAUUCCCUCGGCACUUCCAAGCCUUCUCUAGAACCACUGGCAGCCAGUAUAAAACCAACAGAUGAUGCAGUCAAUAAAGAUGGUGUAAAUGCUACCUCUGCUUCAGUUGCUCCCCCUGUAUCAUCUUCCUCUGUGCUAACAACUCCAUCUAAGAUCGAACCAAUGAAAGCAUUUGACUCGAGAUUCACAGAACGAUCCAAAGCCACCUCAGGGACUUCUGCUGUAAUAAAUACAAAUCAGACUGCCAUAGACAGAUUAAAGGAUCAGAAUUUAAUUAAAGAGAAUAAGCCCAAGGAUAUCCUGGAGAGCAGCAGCGAUAGUGAGGAGAAGAUUCCAGCUACUAAACCGUUGUCUCUGCCCAAGCGUAAACUAGAACUAGAGGCAGAAAUAGUAGAAAAGAAGAAAAAAGGCAGGCCUCGAAAGGACUCCAGAUUAGUACCUGUGACUUUAACUGUUCAGUCCCCAGCUGCACUGGCCUCUGAGAAGGAUGCCACUUGCAUCUCUGCACCAGCAUUAGCACUUAAACUGCCAACCCCAAUCCCACAGAAAUCGUUUACAUUGCAAGUAAGUUCAGAUCCCUCCAUGUACAUUGAGGUGGAGAAUGAGAUGACUACAGUGGGAGGUUCCAAGCUGAGCAGGUUAAAGUGUAAUCGAGAAGGCAAAGAAUGGGAGACUGUCCUCACCAGUCGAAUUCUUACUGCAGCUGGAAGCUGUGAUGUGGUGAGUGUAGCCUGUGAGAAGAGGACCUUAUCUGUAUUUUCAGCUUGUGGUCGUCGCCUUCUCCCACCUAUUAUAUUGCAUUCGCCUAUCUCCGCUUUACAUUGCACAGGUUCCUACGUCAUGGCUCUCACCACUAUUGCUACGCUGUCUGUGUGGGAUGUUCAUAAACAGUCAGUGGUUGUUAAAGACGAGUCUCUGCAAACAAUAUUAGCAGGAAGUGAUACAUCUGUCUCUCAAAUUUUGCUGACUCAGCAUGGUAUACCAGUAAUGAGCCUGUCUGAUGGAAAGGCAUAUUGUUUUAAUCCUUCUCUUUCUACGUGGAAUCUUGUCUCUGACAAACAGGACUCCUUAGCACAAUGUGCAGACUACAGGAAUAGUUUACCAUCACAAGAAGCCAUGCUGUGUUCAGGACCCUUAGCCAUAAUACAGGGACGAACAUCAAAUUCAGGAAGGCAAGCUGCAAGACUGUUCUCCAUGCCUCAUUUAGUACAACAAGAAACAACACUGGCUUACCUGGAGAAUCAGAUAGCAGCGGCACUUAUGUUACAAUCCAGUCAUGAAUACCGCCAUUGGCUCCUUAUCUAUGCACGGUACCUAGUUAAUGAAGGGUUUGAAUAUCGCCUGCGAGAAUUAUGCAAGGAUUUAUUGGGUCCAGUCCAUUACUCAGCUGGAAGUCAGUGGGAAUCAACAGUAGUGGGUUUACGAAAGAGAGAGCUACUGAAAGAACUGCUUCCUGUCAUCGGACAGAACCUCCGUUUCCAGAGGCUUUUCACAGAAUAUCAAGAACAGCUAGACAUCUUGAGAGACAAAUAGUAUUUCCCCAGAUUUUCCCUGAAGGGCCUGGUCUAAGGGAAACUGCUGAACAGCAUUAACCAGAGACAGAAGAGGAGAGAGCCCGGCCAGAAUGGGACACUCCUGAAAGGGGCAGUACCAGAAUGGCCCCACAUCUUUCAUGAGUGAUAAGCUUUAAUUUCUAAAGAAGCUCACCAAGGCAAAUGUGAAAAUGAGUGGAGGAGCUGGACCUGUUUUCCAAGUGGAAUUUGAACAUCAAAGCUGUGGCCUGUGUUCCUACAGAAGUUUGUGGAUCUGUACUUCAGGGGGGUCCUUUUGGGUCUGGAUCUCUUUGUGAUAUCAAGAAGACUAGCUGAGAACAGUUUGGGGAUUUUUUUGGAUGUCCUGUGAAAAGCACAGUACUUCAGAGUACACUGAGCAGCGUAUUAACCCUGUUCAGGGUUUUUUGCCUGAGGAUUGAUUGAGGCUCAACACUAUAUUGAAUUAGAUGAAUGAGCCAUAUAAAAGAAAUUUCAUAAGAUAUUAAGGUAUUAUGCAGCCAAUAGACUCAAACCUGUGAAUAUAAUUAUAAGAGGCUGUUCUAACACAAGGACUAUUUUUGUACUAGAAUUUGCUAACUUGUAAUAUGGAAUUUUAUUUGGCCAAUAAUCAGGAUUUCCCUACAAGUAGCCUUGUAGGAAAUUUAACUCUAAUUAUGACAGCUAUGUUGCUGAAUAAUUGUACCAAAAUUAACCUGUCAUCAUCUGGUUUUUAAUUUUUAACUGUUUGUAAAGGAGAGAUUUUUGGGGGUGGGGGGAAUCAAAGAGGGUGGCUCUUUUUGUAUGUACAAAAAUAAAUGAACACUGCAUUGGAUUAAAAAAAAGAUGGCCUUGCUCUGGA